AAACGGAUGAGAUUCGAUCGUUUGACUUUGAAACUUCUCUUAGGCGAUGAUACCUAAACCAAUCGGCAAUUGAUAAAAAAUACAAAAUUUACCAAUCGACACGUGUCCGCCACGACGAAUACAAUCUCUCUUCCAACUUCCAAUUUCUCUGUAAAUCUGAUUUUCACCCAACAAAGAGCGACAAAUACUCCUAAUUUCGCGCUUUCAGGUCAAACAAAUUCUACCCAUCUUCCAAAAUCAUCAAAUUUGCUAAAGAUUUAUCUCAAUUUCCAUUAUUGUUCCCACCCACAAAAAUGGUUUCAGCCGGAAGUUCACCAAAAUUUGGCAAAGAUCGUUUGCCAACAGACGCAAAGAAGAUUCUAGAAUCACUAGCUUCAUCAUGGGGUAUCAAAAUCGAAGAUGUGAAUUCAUUUCAGGUCAUACCAUUGAAAGGUGCAAUGACUAAUGAAGUUUAUCAGAUUAAAUGGCCAAAGGACAAAGAAGGUGAAUCGAGAAAGGUUCUUUUGAGAAUAUACGGUGAGGGUGUAGAUGUUUUCUUCAAUCGGGCUGAUGAGAUCCGUACUUUUGAAUGUAUGUCUCAUCAUGGUCAGGGUCCUCGUCUUCUUGGAAGAUUCUCAAAUGGUCGAUUAGAAGAGUUUAUUCAUGCCCGGACAUUAUCAGCUUCUGAUCUAUGUAACCCAAGUAUAUCUGCUCUGAUAGCAGCUAAAAUGAAGGAAUUCCAUGAUCUUCCUAUCUCCGGUCCUAAAAAAGUGUUCUUAUGGGAAAGAUUGAGGAAAUGGCUUGAACCAGCUAAGAACAUGGCUUCCAUUGAACAAGUAAAAGAAUUUCGUCUAGAUUCAAUGGGUGAAGAAAUAUCAUUCUUGGAGAAGACUUUGUCAAAUGUUGACAAACAAUUAUGCAUAGGUUUCUGUCAUAAUGAUUUGCAAUAUGGUAACAUAAUGAUUGAUGAAGAGACCAAUUCUUUAACUCUCAUUGAUUAUGAAUAUGCUAGCUACAAUCCUGUUGCUUAUGACAUAGCAAAUCACUUUUGUGAGAUGGCUGCUGAUUAUCAUACUGAUACACCUCAUAUUUUGGACUACACUAAAUACCCUAAUGUGGAUGAACGACAGCGAUUCCUACGUGCUUAUUUGAAUUCUGCGGACAACCAGACUAAGAACUUGGAACUUGAUGAUUUGAUUCGAGAUGUUGAAAUGUACACUCUUGCAAGCCAUCUCCUUUGGGGUUUAUGGGGGAUAAUAUCGGAACAUGUUAACGACAUUGACUUUGAUUACAUCGAGUAUGCAAGACAGAGGUUUCGUGAAUACUGGCGAAGGAAGGUCAUACUAUUGGGAUCUUAAUCAGGUAUGUUUUUGUGUUUUGUUCGCGUCUUUCACUAUAUCACUGACCUAAACGAGGUUCUCGAGUAUGUAUCACACAUAGUUAGGAAAUUUUUUGGGUUGGUUAGUCCUCUUUACCAUAUAGUGAAUAGAUAUGGUGGAAAAUAAUUCCUAAGUUUGUGUUUCUUAUUGUGGCUAGUUGAAAAUAUUUGGGUGUGAAAAAUGAUGUUUGUGGUUUGACCCAUGUA